AUGAUGGCCGACGACGAGGUCAUCAACACACAAACCCAAACCGGAACAGGAAACAAAGAGCAUCGCGAUUCGAUAUCGAAAUACCAGGGAGAAUUGCGUCAAGAUGGGAAUAACUUUGAUUCUGAAGAGAAACAAACCUAUGGGGAGGUGAACCAACUUCCAGACCUCCAGCGGAGGCUAAGAAGCCGGCAUUUGCAAAUGAUUGCAAUUGGCGGUACAAUCGGAACCGGUUUAUUCAUUGGAAGUGGUACUGCGAUUGCCAUUGCUGGCCCUGUUGGGGCACUGAUUGCAUACAUAUUUGUUGGCUCCCUCGUUUUCUCAGUUAUGGCUGCACUAGGAGAGUUGGCAACAUAUCUUCCAAUCCCAGGGGCUUUUACCGCAUAUGCCAGACGUCUGGUUGACCCUAGCCUAGGCUUUGCAAUGGGUUGGAUUUACUGGUUUUCGUGGGCGUCGACGUUUGCCCUCGAAUUAACUGCGACCGGUCUAAUCAUUCAGUACUGGAAUGAAACUAUCCCAAUCGCUAUUUUCAUUGCUGUAUUCUGGGUGCUCAUCAUUGCACUGAAUAUGCUUCCAGUCAGCUUUUAUGGCGAGACUGAAUUUUGGCUAUCAAGUAUCAAGGUCGCCACUGUCAUUGGAUUUAUGAUAUUUGCGAUAUGUAUGAAUGCGGGAGUGGGCAAUGAAGGUUAUAUCGGGUUCCGCUACUGGGUUGACCCAGGCCCCUUUAAUGCCUACUUGGUCGAAAGCAAUGCCUCCCUAGGCAAGUUUCUUGGAUUCUGGGCAGUUCUUAUCAAGGCUGGGUUUUCAUACCAAGGCACCGAGCUUGUUGGUAUUGCUGCGGGAGAGACUGAAAAUCCUCGCAAGAACAUCCCGUCGGCUAUUCGAAAGACUUUCUUCCGGAUCAUUUUCUUCUUUAUAUUGACCAUUUUCUUUAUUGGAAUUGUCGUGCCUUCCACUGACGAAGGAUUAACGGCUAGCGAAGGCACUGGAGCUAGUGCGAAUAAUGCUAACGCCUCGCCCUUCGUCAUCGCAGCUAGGCGAGCAGGCGUGAACGUGCUACCUAGUAUCAUUAACACCGUCUUGUUGACUGUGGUUCUCUCUGCCGCCAAUUCAAAUGUCUAUUCUGGAAGCCGAAUCCUUGUGGGCCUUGCUCAUGAUGGGUUUGCACCCUUGAUCUUUAUGAGGACAACCAAGCACGGCGUUCCCUACUGGAGUGUGCUAUUCACAGCCCUCUUUGGCCUACUAGGGUUUUUGAAUAUUUCCAACACCGGGAGCACAGUCUUCAAUUGGUUGAUGCAAAUUGCAGGUUUGGCAGGUUUCAUCACCUGGACAUCCCUAAACGUUUGUCAUCUAGCAUUCAUGAAGGCCUUCAAGGCGCAGGGAAUUUCCCGUGACAUAUUGCCCUACAAGGGUCCCUUGCAGCCAUAUCUCUCAUGGUAUGGCUUAUUUUUUAACGCUCUGAUUAUAAUCACUCAGGGAUUUACCGCCUUCAUACCCUCGUUCAGUGUGACCGACUUUUUCAUCGACUAUCUCAGCCUCAUUUUGUUUGCUGCUCUCUAUAUUGGACACAAGAUUGCUUUCCGACAGCCAUUGAUCAAGCCUGAAGAGGCUGAUGUUCAUACCGGUCGGCUAGAAUUCGAAGAUUAG